UGCUAAUGGUACAGUCCAGGAAGCAGCGUGUGCAGUGUUUUGGUUGGAGUAUGUGUGUUGACCUCGGCAGCUCUGAUUUAUGAACAAACGCGUUUUAAAACGUUUACACGCGUUUUUACACACUUAUAUCUCAACGCAUGCGCUCUAAUAUGAACAGUUUAGCCCCAGCCAGCUCCACUUGGGCUAGUUUAGAGUAUUACUGGAUUUAACAGCGUGGAAAAGUCAAAAUCUGCUCAAUCAUCUCCAUCCUCAUCAUCCGCAUCAUACUCAUCAGCAUUGACAGCGUUUACUGAUCCAGCUGGACCUUCCCAAGACCGUCUGCUCAAGAUCAGCUACCUCAGGACCCUGCCCUGCACCCUCACUCGGUCCUGCCAUGUGGGACCCUCCUCUGCUGCUGCUGCUGCUGAGCCUGGCUGGGGUCCUGUUCAGCUUCCUGUUGAUUCUGUCUGUUUAUGUUCUGUACUCUGGACUCCUGACCAAGAUCCACAUCAGAACCGGUUCACCUCCCAUCAGGACCAUAACUGUAGCUUAUAAAUACAAACAGGGGCCUUAUAAAGAGUGUGGGAGGCUGUUUGCUGAGAGCUGCACUCUAGGACCAACACUGCCCACUGUGGGCAUCUUCUAUGAUGAUCCAAAGAAGGUUCCUGCUGUGCUGUGCCGCUGUGUGGUGGGCAGUAUUCUGAGUGAAGGUGAUGAAAGGCCCAGUGCGGAGCUGCUGGAGCUCUACGAGAAUUCAGACUUCCGGAUCUUCACCUUCCCCGAGGUCACCCACGCAGUGUCCACCUCCUUCCCUCACAGAACCCCUCUGUCCAUCUUCAUGGGGGUGCAGAGAGUCUACCCGCAGCUGGCCUGCUAUAUAAAGGAGAGGAAGCUCUGCGCUCACCCAUUCCUGGAGAUCUACAGGGGUCAGCUGAUCCACUACAUGAGUCCACUGGCCAAACAGGGGGACUUCUAUGUGCCUGAGGUCAGAAAGGCUCCAAAGAGAGCGCAGGAAGGGGAGGAGUCAGAGGAAGAUGGGAGGACUGACAUCACAGGUGCCGACUCCUACAGCGAGUGCAGCUCCAUGAGCCACCUGCUGCCAUCGGACAGCCGUGACCCGUCCCCAGUACCGUCCAACACCUCGUCCAUCCGGUACCGAGACGGCCGGCGGGAUCGGGACUCCCCCGAGCUCAGCGGGUCAGAAAUGGACAGUGGGCGGAGCCACAGAAGCUCCUCCGCUUCAUCCUUUGAAGAACUGGACCUGGAGACAGACCUGACAACCCCAGAGAACAGUCUGACGCUCAGCAACCCAGCGGAGGACAAAAUCACAACUCAGGAACAAGUGAUGGUGGUGGGGGAGGAGUGAGGUAGAUGGAACGGGUUGAUGGUAUAUUAUAUCAAAUGAUCAAUAAGAGAUAUUGCAGUGUAUGCAGUAUAUGAAACAUGGAGAUGAACAAAAGAAAGGAGGCAGACAGCAGUAGAAAGAUGGCUGGGAGAGUCUUUUAUAAACUAGUUUUGGUGUAGACGUGUUAACUAUAAAUAAUAUUUGGGGAGAUUUAGGGAGAUUUCCACAGGUUUAAAUUGAUGCAAAAGAUUUUGUGGUUGAGUGUUUGUUAAUGGUCAGAAUAUCUCAGAAGGGCUUUUCUUAUUUUCACCAAAUAUUCAGAAAAGAUUGUGCUUCUUCUUUAAAUGGAAAUUCCACAUAUCUAACGACAGUUCUUCGUAAUUAAAUGAUAAGAUUGUAAUGAUAAAAAAAAAAGGUAAUUCAGUAUGACUCGGUGUAAAAGCUCCGUUCUAGAAUCCAGUCAUGGCUACAACACAAAUAUAGCCACACCUGUAUAUGUUGUGAGGUGAUAUCUUGUAAGUGAGGCCUGAUAGUGGGUGCUGGAUGUAUAGGACAUUCCAUUUUUGAAGGCAUUUUAACAUUCCUCAAGAAUCUGUCAUCUGGCUAGAAUUGUCCACGGGUUCAGACAAGCAAGUCAAGCAGAAAUCGCAUCCACAUUAAAUGCAGUAGACCCCACACACACAUAUAUCCCACAUAUUGGGGAUAUAUAUAAUAUAUAUAUAUAUAUAUAUAUAUAUAUAUAUAUAU